UGUCAUAAUUCAUCGUUCCGACUUUCACGAUUCUCCAUCCUAGUUUUUCGGCUCAUCAGUUCCGGAAUUAGUAGUUUCCCGCUCCGUUGAACUGACACACUCCCUGUGCCGCAUUGGGUUCAGUGUCUUCGCCGACUGCACAUACUGAUACCGCUGUCUUCGCCCUGAAAACAUAUUAGUUACUCUUUCUGCAAGUAGAUUGAUCUCCGUGACUCUAGUCCCGCAUGCUCGUCUGCCACACGCCGCAACUCUUGUCGUAAAAUCUCGAACUCAGAAAGAGCUUGACCCCCUUAGUCUCCACGUCCGCCUACAGCUAGAUCACGAGCCUUACCUGCCAGCAACGCCGUCUCUGUCGACUCUUAGUUAUAAUACCUUGGACGAUCGCCGGUCGAACCAUGGAAUUAUCUCGGGCCUCUUCUCUACUCGUAGCAAUUGCAGCGCUCCUGAGCUGCAGGCUCUCCAAGGCGCAACCCGCAGUGUCAUUUCCGGACCACACAAGAAUGUUACAAUCCACACUUUCUACAGUAUCACUUUCGGACCACUCAGGGUUGCAAUCUACAGUGUCACUUCAGGACCAUACAGGGGUGUUGAUGCCUGGCGGCUACGUCAUCGUGGACCCACGGAGUGCUGAGGUGGCACAGAUUGCGGAAUUCGUGGUCGCUGACAUGAAUGCCAAGAUGGACGCAGCCGUGCAUUUAGAGAUUGUCAACGCUGCGGAAAAGCACGCUUCGAUCGGUCACAGCGCGACGGGUUACUCCUCCCAGGGUUACAGCUACGACGUUGUUUUCACGUCCACUGCGACCACCCACGACACGCACCCGCACUCGCAGAGCCGUAAAGCGAGCGUCGCGGAGCGGUGGUCGAAACUGGUUACCAGCCAGUACGAAGCCGUGGUGCUGAAAUCAUUACAAAACUCGUUAACGAUCAGCUCAGUAGUGAAGCUAUCGAGUCAAGCGCCGGUGUUUAUACCUUUCGCGGAGGAUGCUACAAGCCAUCAGGGCGUGAAUAUUGCUACUCGAGGUGACAGUGUGCGGGAGAAUGAGACUAUAUCGGGGUGCAAAGAUGGAGCCGCCAGGGAGACGACACUAUAACGGGGACGGCACUCGGAUGGGAUCUGAGGGAUGCUGCUGUAGAGGGACGGAAUAACUGAAUGUCUAUACCGGGAAGUGGGAAUGUUUUUCCCCCUUCUCUCCCCUUUUUCUCCUUACAUACACACAGGAGCUGUAAGUGGGCAGCGCUACAUGUUUGAGCAAUGCUGCUCUUCCUGGCCUUAGCUGUUGGCAGCAAAAGCUGCAACAGCCUUUCCUUAGCAGUAUUUGUGUAGGUUGUAUGAUGCAUAAGGCGUUGCCAAUAGAUUCCUGCUUGCAGCAGGUUAUUUGUUUUCAGGUGUCCGCAGUGCUUCAGCUGAGUACUUUUCC